UUACAACGGAACUAUGAUUUCCCAGAUUUUGUUUCUCAUUUUCGCGGUCGCUGUGCUUGGAUGCCAUGGGGACAGCAUUCAUCGCGAAGACAAUAGCCUGGAUGGAAAGGUUGGGGAAGGACAUCGAGUUACUAGGAUCAAGCUCAACCGGUGGUUUGAUCACUACCUUCCGGUUAUCAAGAAGUACAUGGUGACGCAUGGCAUGGAACCGAUGAAUUUACCUGCGAUGAGUCUGCCAGUUCCGGAUAUUCCCGGAUUCAAACCGAAAGUUGAACUUAGGAAUGGCUUAAUUCACGGACUCUCGGAUAUCACAAGAUCCGGUGACAUCAUUCAACACAUCUAUCAGAGUUCGUCACAGGUGGAUGUGCAGCUCAGUUGGAAGGAAGUAAAGGUGGAUUACGACUACUCUCUGAAAUAUCUCUUCUACAAACGUAAAGGGGGUCUGACAGGUAAAUUCCUCAAUUUGAAUAUCGGGAUGAUGGCCUCUGUCGACUUCAAGGCGCGCAAGGUGGAUCUGCGGUAUCUGAAAAUCGUCGAUGCUGGCAACUUCUCUCUCAAACUACGAGGACACUUGGUCGACCCCGUGGCCAACGCCGCCCUGAAAGCCAUAACAAUCACCUUCCGGAAGCGAAUGCUUCGAGAGAUGGAGCAUCAGAUGAACAGCACAGCUCAGCUUAAAAUCAAAGAAGUUAAUAAUUGGCUGUCUAACCAAACGAGUAUUCCAAUCCCCCGCUCAACAGAUGAAUGGACGGAUCUCUUGAUGUAA